AUGAACAACGCGGUUUUCAGCAAAACCAUGGAAGAAACCAUGGAGAAUGUGCGCAAUUACGUCGACGUGCGACUUUUAACGUGUUGGAAUGGGAGAUACGAUGCAAAGGCAAUGAUCGCGAAAUCGAAUUUUCAUAGUUGUAACAUCUUUUCGGAGAAUCUGGUCGCGAUAGAAAUGCGCAAACUCGAGGUAAAAUUUGGCAAACCGAUAUACAGGUACGGCCCAUGCGUACUUAUUCAAUAUGUCGAUAACAGUGAGAAUAUAUUGGUAACCUUUAUUGAAUUGUGUGUAAGGGCGCAUCUCAAUCACAUCAGCCUGCCACAGAUCAUCGUAUCCGUAAACUAUGACGUGUCUGCGUGGAAAAUUUUUUCUCGCCGGAGCGUGAAGUUCUUCUAG